CAAUGCCUACUGUAGACUCGUCAAGUCAUCCAUACCCUAAUUAGUCUCUGCCUAACAUCCCAUUCUCUCAAUAUCAUUAUGUCUCCAUACUAUCCACAAUUCGCUAUCUACUAUAGUGUCCUUAACUCUCUUAGAGUGCAUUUUGACUCUCGAUUGGGCAAGCUUGGAUGAUAAGGUGGUAGGCAAUCCUCGUGGCAAGAUGCUUCGUGCCGUUGUUACAACUGCUGGUCCGGCGAAACCGAGCGUUGCAAGCCGGUUUGCCUUCUCAAGACGACAGGAGCACCAUGGGCCUUUGUCGACAGCGCCCGGUAUGAACCUGAGUAUCCUUAAGAAAUUUAAGGAUAUCUUCAGGUGCAAGGACUCUCCUGUCUUCAAAGGCCACCGGGUUAUCCUGAUUAUCCAAUACCUUGUGUCUCCUCCAGAGCCACGUAUACGCCAGGAAAAUGGCAUUAUGAACCACGGAUCCUCAUCCGUGUUUUAUACUAUUAUCCACUGCCGAGACCAGCAUAAUGCAUUAAGCAUCCUCGCGGCUGCCAAAGAGGGAGGGGCCGAUUUCAUAAAAUGCCAGGACACUAGGAAAUCCCAUCCUCUGUCCUUUUAUUGCAUCGAUGGAACUCUCUUCUCGCCACUUCAUCUUGCCGCACGGAGAGGAUUGGAUGAUAUCGUUAGCUAUCUCAUCGACCAGGGUCUUGAUAUCGAUGACAAAGAGGGCCUGCAUCUCACCUGA